AUGAUGAAAAUUUUCAUCAAUAAUGUGAAUACAUACAGCGGUAGCUGCUUUUGUAAAACAUUUGAUGAAAUAAAAAAUGAAAAAACUACAAUAUAUGGAACUGUAGACGAUCAUAAUUUAUCUAAGGAGGACUGUAUAAUUUAUAAUUAUGAUAAUGUAAAAAAAAUAAUAUCGAAAAUACCUAAAGAUAAUAUCGUAAAAUAUAUUUUGAAAUGUAAACUUGUCAUAUAUGAUCUACACAAUACAGAUUUAGAAGAAAUAGAAUAUGUCAUUAGAAAGCUUAAAUAUGAAAAAAUAAAACAUAAUAUGACUAUUAUUCUUAUCUCUUCUAUUAUGACCUGGAGUAAAACCAAAAGAAAAUUCAUAAAAAAAAUUGUAGAAGAAAACAAAGAAAUAACAAAAAAUCAAUCUAAUAAUAUUACAGAUAAAUCAGGUGAAACAAAUAAUAAUUUAGAAAAGAAAGAAAAUCAAAAUAUUGAAACAAAAAAUGAAAAAACAAGUAAAAAAAAAGAUAAGAAAAAGAAUGAAAAUUAUAAUAAAAAUAAUAAAAUUGUAGAUCAUGGCGUACAUAAUAAACAAGCAAAUAUUAUAAAAAAUGAAGAUGCUAAAUCAAAUAUUCAAGAAAUUCAUAUUGAGGAAAUUAAGAAAAAAGAAAAAAUUUUAUAUAUUCCUCAAAUAUUCAAUGAAAAAGAUUAUUUAAAAAGAAUAUCAUCUACUCAUUUUGAUGAAUAUAAAAGUGUCGAAACGCUUAUGUUAUCACUUAAUUCUAUGAAAAAUAUAAAAACACAUGUUGUAGUAUCAGGGUUGCUAUAUGGUAAUGGAGAAAAUGUUUUUUUCUCUAUAUUCAAAAAUGCUUGGUUAAGUAAAGACAAUCAUAUUAUUGACAAAGGAGAUAAUUAUAUUCCUGUAAUACAUAUUAGAGGUUUAUGUGAAUAUAUUAAACAAUUAUAUAUUAGUCAAUCCAAAAAAAAGUAUCUUAUAGCUGUUGAUAAUCAAUAUAUUACUCAAAAAGAGAUUAUUCAUACUAUAGCUAGCCAUCUUUCAGGGAACAUGAAUUUUAUGCAUGUGUCACCUCAUGAAUCCAUUUUUUAUGAACAUUCAGAGAAAUUAUGUGUUAACUUGAGAUUUCAGUGUACUAACAUUUAUGAUGAUAACGAAGUGGAUGAACAAGAAAAAAAGAAAAAGUUAAAUAAAAAAAAUAAAAAUAAAAAUAAAAAUGAUGAGGGGGAUAUAAGUGAUCAUCAUAAAGAAGAUAAUCAUAGCGAAACGGACAAUAAUGAUUCUGAGAAGAAAGAAAGCAACACCGAGGAUGAUAAUAUUGACAGUGAACAAAAUAGUAGUAUUAAUAUGAAUAAUAGUAAUGAUGGUAGCGAAAAUAGUAGUAAUAGUGAGAGUAACAAUAAUGAUGAUAACGUUUCAAAUAAUAGCAAUGAGAAAAAAAAAGGAAAAAACGAAAAUAAUAAUCUCAAAGAAACGAAAAACAAAAAUAAAAAUAAAUAUACAAAUAAAAGGAAAAAUUUUAUUACAUUUCAUUGCCAAGACGGAUUCAUUAAUAACAUCUCCAUUAUAGCAAAGGAAUUUUGCGAAUUUCGAAAUUUGAAAAAUUUAAAAGUUCUUAUUAUAGGGCAACCAGGUGUCGGAAAAACAUUUAUAGCUAAAAAAAUAUGUGAUCAUUAUAAUUUAAUUAUGUGUUCUAUUAAUAUGUUAAUUGAUGAAUAUAAAAAGAAAACAGAUUAUACAUUUCCCAAAUAUUAUCAAGAAUAUAUAAAUGAAUUAGAUAAUGAAAAAAAGAAAAAUGUAACACCCAAAAAGUUAACUUUAUCAGAUCUUUGUUCACUAUUUUAUUCAAAAUUGGAAAAUAACGAGUGUAAAUUUAGGGGAUUUGUUUUGGACUUUUUCCCAAGGAAUUAUGAGGAAGCUAAAUUUUUUUUCGACAACUACAAAAUGGACGUGCCUGAAAAGGAGAAGGAGAUGAGAAAUCGUAAAAGGGAUGAAGACGACACGAAUCGAAAAGGAAAUAAUAAAAGUAAAAAAAAGAUAAAGAAAAAGAAGAGUGAGAGGAAUGAUAAAGAGGAAGAUGACAAUGAUAAGGAUGAAGAUGAUAAUGGUAAGGAGGAAGAUGACAAUGAUAAGGAUGAAGAUGAUAAUGGUAAGGAGGAAGAUGACAAUGAUAAUGAUGAAGAUGAUGAAGAUGAUAAGGAUGAAGAUGAAGAUGAUGAAGAUGAAGAUGAUAAGGAUGAAGAGGAAGACGAUAAGGACAAAGAGGAAGACGAUAAUGACAAAGAGGAAGACGAUAACGAUAUCGAAGAAGAUGAUAACGAUGUCGAAGAAAAUGACAAUAUUGAAGAUAAUGAUGAUGAAAAAAUCUCAGGAAAUUCAGAAAAUACAAAUAUGUUGACACAUAGCGAUGAAGAAUCACAAAGUGUUAAACAAAUGUCAAAUAAAAAAAAGAAGAAAAAGAAAAAAAAAAAAAUUCUGGAAAAUAUAAAUAAAUAUAUUAUUAUGCCCGAAUUUGUUAUUAUUUUAAAAUCUACAGAAGAAUUAUGUAAAAAGAGAAUGAUGAAUUUGCCAGAAAAUGAAAUAAUAAAAGGACAUAAUGAUGAAAUAGGUUUCGAAAGGAGACAUAAAAAAUAUAUUAACGAAAAUUGUAGAAAUGAUUAUUUUGAAUUUGAUCAGAAACAAAGUAUUGAAGAUUAUUUUAUAGAACAUGAUAUUGAAGUAUAUACACUUAAUAUAAAUGAAAAUACCUUAUUAGAACAUAUAUUAACAAAUAUUUAUAUAUUUAUUGAAAAAAAUGUCAAAUUUAAUAAUUUCUUACCAUCCACAGAUGAAAUGUUAAAAAACAAAUUGCAGGAAGAACAACAAAUAUUAAUGGAUGAAAAAAAAAAAAUUAAAGAUAUAGAAGAUAAGGUAGUUCUAGAAGAAAUUAAACAAAAUGAUGAUUUAAUAAAAGCUGAAAAAAAAAGACAACAAUUAUUAAUUAAACAUCAACAACAAUAUAUUCAUAAUCAAUCUGUACCUUUAAGAUUUUAUCUAAUCAAAAAUAUUUUACCAAUAUUAACAGAUGCUUUAAUAUAUAUAUGUAAAACUAAGCCAAAAAAUCCAUGUUUGCAUAUAGCACAAUAUUUAUUAGAAAAUGCUCACAAGUAUAAUAUCGAGGAACCUAACCUUGAAAACUUGCAGCCUGAAAAGGAAGACGAAGAUAACCAACUAGCUGAAAAACCAAAGGAUGAAAAAUGA